GCGCGCUCACAACAGCACGCGGCGGACACGCGCCUCGUGGUGCUGAUGGAGCUGGGUUCAGUGUGAACAGACCGGAAGCUGAGGAGGAGGAACGAUCCAUCAUCUGAUCGCAUCAUCGAUCAGUGAUCGAUCAGCGGAUCAGUCCGUUGGAUCGUGGACGUAAUCAAUCAGUGAGGUCAUCGAUCACACCUGCCGAGACAUGCGCGCGCUGCAGUGGCGGGUCUGAAUCAGGAUGAUGUGACGGAGGGGUCGCAGGUUCGAUUCCGGCGGAGGGAGGCGACCGAGGUCAGACGACUUUUUAACUCCAUCUAUAGGAAAGCCAAUGGACUGCAUCUGCAUCGCUGUUAGCAGCUAACAGCAUCUAACCAGCUAAGCAGUGUAACCUAACAGAUACCAGUCAGUUACAGUCAGUGACCAGCAGGUGGUGCUGAAGCUGUUGCAUGGCCACAGGAGUGAACUACUGGAGCUCAUAUGAACCUGGUUACAAGGUGAGAGAGUGUGUGUGGGGGGGAGAGCAGGAGUCGAGCAGCGAGGACGGAGGAGGAGAGGUUACAUGGGAAACAGCCGCCAUGGAAGUCAAGGGUCAAAUCAUUACAACACCUGACCCUCUGACUUGUCCCGACAAGAAGCAGAGGGAGCGAAUGACAGAGCUGCAGGAGAGGAGGCGGAGCCUGCAGGCGCUGCUGAGGACACGAUUGGCUGAGCUCAGACGCAUCUGUCUGCAGGAGGCGGAGCUGACAGGUGCGGUGCCCAGUGACUUCCCCCUGGAGGCGGGAGAGAAGCCCCCCUGUGUCCGACGAAGGGGGGGGGUGUCUCGCCAAGGAAACAGGAAGUAUAGAGCAGAGGAGGAAGACUCUCAGCGUUCGAAGCCGAAGAAAACUUUAUUCAGUGCAGCUCUGAGGAAACACAGUGACUCUGAACACAACACGCACACACAAACACACACACACCAUGGCAAGAGGACUGUGCAUAGAGGCUGCCACACAGAUGACACAGUGAGGUCAGAGAGCAGCUCGACAUCAGACUCAACAGGACAUGACAAUGAAGACAGCGUGUCUCAGUGUCGCCCCCCGCUGGUCUCUGCUGCUUCUCCUGUGGAGGUUUUCUACCACAACAAAACCAGAAGGAACUCGCUGCACAUCAGGAUCGACCAUCCAGAGACUCCUCAGACCCACAAGCCCCUCCCCCUGCUGCCCAUCCCCCCUCCCCCUCUAUCACAGGACUCCUCCUCUCGCCCUUUUGACCCAGUAGCAGCAGGUGAGGGCGGGGUCAGGGUGAACGCAGCUCGUCGCUGCAGUAGCUCAGACGGCCUCCUGGGCCGUGUCACCCCCCCAGAGGAGGAGGGGGGUGCACAGCAUGGAGGACUGAGGGUCAAUGACGUGCCAGUGUCCAAGGGAACAAACGUCUCUGGAGUGUUCAGGAGCUCCGAGUUGCUGAUGGACGGACGAACAAGGAUAAAUAACAGACCCGCUGAGGGAGGGGCAGGGGGAGGAAGAGGAGGAAGAGGAGGGGGAUACAGCGAGGUCCUGCUGGAUUACGUCUGGGGGAAACAACAGCAGCUGCAGCGACAGCAGUCCCACACCAAUAACAGGCAGCCAAUCACAUCCCAGCACCAGCUGCUCUACAAUGGCUUCUCCUCCCAGCAACCCCCAGGUGCCCCGCCCACCUUCCGUAGUCACUAUGGCGACCAACGACAAGUCAAAGUGACCCGCACUAAAUCCUGUGGCCCUUUCCUCCCGGUGCAGCAGACCGAUACUCCUAAUCCUCCUCUGUCCACCAUUCAGCCUGACCCCCACCCCCACCUGCUACCUCCCCGACCCACACAGCUGCCCCCCACCCAGGAUUCCCAGCUGGAGGAGGCCACCAGGAGCCUCCACAAGGCCCUCGCCCUAGAAGGUCUGAGGGACUGGUACCUGAGGAACACGCUAGGCUCAAUCCACCAAAACCAAAACCAAUCCAAUGGCAAGGCAAGCACAGGUGUCUCCACUAAGGUGAAUGGAGGGGUCAAAGGUCAGUCGGGUGUGGGUGGAGCUCUGCAGCGUAGACGAACGACUCAUGGUGUCAUCCAACAAUCGACCUAUCAGACGGAGACCAGUCAUCAUCAUGCUCUGUCGCAUCACAAGCAGACGCUGCCACAUUCAGCCACAUUCCACGGACACCCGCUCCACGGCAGGUCUGUGGACAACUCUCUCUACCAUGACUCCUUCUCACCUCAGAAACAGGAAGUUCCUCUCAGAGAUCUGUCUGUGGACCAGCCGUCUCCUGGGACCCUGGUCUGACUCACCGUCCAAUCAGAAGAACAGGAACAGACCAAUCCCACACAGACGUAUUGACCUGUGUCCAGGUGACUGAAUCAAACACCUGUGGAGGUCCUGGUCCUGGUGGAUGUUCUUUGUCUGCUAUAGAACCUCCUCCGGUUCUCCAGGACCUGCAGGUUCAAACAGUGUUUCAGGUUCCAGCUGCAGCGUGUCACAGGUUGAUGUUACUUCCCAGUUUACAUCUGGGAGAGACUCAACAGAACGACUGGAUAAACCACAAACAAAUCAGGUCAGACACAGACCUCCAGCCCAACUUGGGUCAACCCUUGGUCAAAGGUUAAUCUGGACUUACGUCAGCUGAUCCUCCUGUCAGCCAGGUUCAGUCGCUGCUUGGCUUUAAAUAACUGAUAUCAGGGAUGAAGAUGAACUUGAUGAAACUGUACCUGUAAACGUCAUGUGAUGACCCUCCAGGUCUGAUCCCCCUGAACUGAGGUUCAGGUUUACUUCUAAAGUUGUUUCUAACUUUUUCUAUGACGAUGUCCUCGUCUCUCAAGCUGUUUUCAGAUCUGCACUGACGCCUGGAUCUUCUCCUGCAGCCUCCUAGUAAAAUGUGUGUAACAUGUCAGAGUGAGUCCAUGUGAGGAGACAGCAGGACAAUGUGUGGAAGCUUCCCA